UUCUCUUUCUCUCUCUCUCUCAUAUAAGUCCUACCCUCGCUGCCCUCGACUGGUCAGAUUUCAUCGCAAAAUGAAAAUUUGAUAGCUCCCUUGAUUGAUCGGAGAGAGUCACCUCUGGCUACCUCCGCAUCCCGAGACUGCUUAGCUGACAGAAGGAGAGGAUGAAGUGGAGCAAGACUUGAGAGCCGAUCAGUCGGGAAAGCGGGGCGCUCAGGAGGGCUGCUCCCCAUGGCUAAGGAGGAAAGAUAGAGAAUGGCCCUCCUCUUUCUUUUCCACGGGACCUCUCUAAGGUCGGUUUCGAGUGGGAAGCUUCCAUGCUGAGCCACAACACUCCCCCAAAGCCGGUCUCUGACUCGCUCACGAUUCCAGGAUCCCUCCUGCUUGGCUGCAUCUGCCAUGCUUCACCACGUGGCAAUCUUAUUGCAUUGUCUUCCUCUGGUCGUGGGACAGUAUGACAUCUGUAAAUCCUGGGUCACCACGGACAAUGGGCCGAUGUGGGAGUUUUACGCUUGCCAGCCCAAAGCGAUGGCCAUGAAGGAUUUCGCCACGGUCCGGGUGGAGCCUUCCGGCAUCACCUGCGGGGAUCCUCCCGAGCGGUUUUGCACGCACGAAAACCCGUACUUGUGCAGUGACGAGUGCGAUGCUUCCAAUCCGGACCUGGCCCAUCCUCCCAAGCUGAUGUUCGAUAAAGAAGACGAAGGCCUGGCCACCUACUGGCAGAGCGUGACCUGGAGCCGUUAUCCCAAGCCUUUGUUGGCCAACAUCACCUUGUCUUGGAACAAGACCAUUGAGCUGACCGACGACGUCGUGUUGACUUUUGAGUACGGCCGUCCCACCAAAAUGAUCUUGGAGAAGUCCUUGGACAACGGGAGGACUUGGCACCCUUACCAGUACUACGCGGAUGAAUGUAACGAAGCUUUCGGCAUGCCGGCGCGGAAAGUGAGGGAGCUGUCCGCCACCAACGUCAACCGGGUGAUCUGCACGGAGGAGUAUUCUCGUUGGGUGGGGUCCAAGAAAGAGAAGGACGUGAGAUUCGAGGUGAAGGACCGAUUUGCCAUUUUUGCUGGGCCUGAACUUCGAAACAUGGACAAUCUCUACACCCGGCUGGAGAGCGCCAAGGGCCUGAAGGACUUCUUCACCGUGACGGAUUUGAGGAUGCGGCUUUUGAAACCGGCGCUUGGAGGCACCUACGUCCAAAGGGAGAACUUGUACAAGUACUUCUACGCCAUCUCCAAUAUUGAAGUCACAGGCAGGUGUAAAUGUAAUCUCCAUGCCAACCAGUGCAUUUUCAAGGAAGGAAGUCUCCAGUGUGAAUGUGAACAUAACACAACGGGACAGGACUGUGGCAGAUGUAAGAAGAAUUUCCGGAGCAAGUCUUGGAAGGCCGGAUCCUACCUUCCCCGUCCCAACGGUUCUCCUAACGUGUGUGCAGCUCCCAAUUUUGGCAACUGUGAAUGCUAUGGACACUCCAACCGGUGCAGCUUCAUUGAUUUCCUGAACUUGGUAACUUGCAUUAGUUGCAAGCAUAACACCCGGGGACAGCACUGUCAGUACUGUCGGCUUGGCUACUUCCGAAAUAGCUCCGCGGAGCUGGACGACGAGAAUGUGUGUGUAGAUUGCAACUGCAACCGAGUUGGCUCGCUGGCUAACCGUUGUAACGAGACCGGCUAUUGCGAAUGCAAAGAUGCGGGCGUGACAGGGCCGAAAUGCGACGAUUGUCUGCCCGGCUACUACUGGAGGCAAGGUUGCUUACCCAACGUCUGUGACGACGAACUCUUGAUUUGCCAAAACGGAGGGACGUGUUACGAGAACCAGCGGUGUCUCUGCCCGCCGGGCACAAAGGGCAUCCUGUGCGAACAAACUAAGUGCGAAGGGGAAGACACAGAGUGCGACUCGGUCUCCACGACGUAUCUCAGCCUUUCCGCUUUGGUGGCCAGCGCGGUGAGCUUACACAUGCAACAACUCUUGGACCUCUGAAGGACAAAGGAGGAAAGCGUUCAAAAUCCCAGGCUGGAGCGGAAGCGAGAAAGGACUGGGACAGCCUGAAAAUGUUGGGAGCUCAGAAGAACCAUCAUCCAGCCGAGAAGGUGUCUCUUGGUCCUUGUUGGCCGAGCGUUGAAGGAUUCAACAGAAGUUCUUGAAGAAUGACAGAUCUUAGGUUGGACAUAAGUUGGAGGAACAUACAGAUACCACCUGUUAUGAGGUCCACCAAGCCAGGAAAGGAUGCCUCAACAGGACUUGGAGGGGGGGGGGGAAUUGCAAAGUGUUUUGCCAUUUUCCAACUACCUUUUCGAGUGAGAAAUUGUCCAGUGGUCUCCUUGGGACAGGGGUAGCUUCCAAAAAGGGGUGGGUUUGGGGGCAAAACGCCGUCAAUUAUCUUGCGUUUAUGUUGCACUGUUCUUUCUCUUCCAAAUAUCUUCUUCCUUUGGGCCAGAUUUUUUUAGGAAGAUCUUUAGGAAAUCGGUUAAACGGAGGCUGGCAGGUACAAAAUUGGGGGGGGGGGAAGGAACUUUAUGGGGCCUUUCUCCUCUUUU